ACACAGAGAAAAACAAUAUGGCGAACGGAGGAGUUACGGAAGAACACAAACAUUUGUAAAGUCGUGUGAGUCAGAGUGUUCUUUUAAUGAUGCAGACAAGAGCUGUCGUGGUUAAAAAAGAUGAAAACGGGAAAAGAGUUUAUGAGCUACGUGAAUCGUUUGAAUGCCCACCACUAGAUGAAAAUAGCAUUGCUGUAAAGGUCAAGGCAUGUGGCUUGUCUCCACAUCAUAGCAAGAUUUUAGAGGAGUUCAGCCUGGUAAGCAAGAAGGAACACCCAUUUGGAUGGGAAAUAUCAGGGAUUGUGACAAAUGUUGGAUCAGCUGUUACCAGAGUCAGCAUUGGAGAUGAGGUAGCAGGACUGCUUCCAUUGGAUUCAGCAUCAUCUGGAUGUGCAAACUUCUGUGUGUUAUCUCAAUAUGAUGUUGCAAGAAAACCUGAGAAAGUGGAUCACAUAGAUGCUGCAGGGUGUAUUGGUGAUGUUGUAAAAGCAUACACUGCAUUGCAUUAUCAGGCCAGAGUGUGUUGUGGAGAGACUAUAUUGAUAUUUAAUGGUGCCUCAUCAAGUGGUGUAAUGGCAAUACAACUUGCUCAUAUUUGGGGUGCUAAGGUACUUGCAACAGCAUCAUCAGAGGAAGAAGUUAUUUACCUACAAAGUCUUCAAUCACCAGUCGCAAAUGUCAUAGACUUGAGGAAAACAAAGAAAUCCCUGGUAGAUAUCUGCAUGGAUGAAACAGGUGGACUUGGUGUGGAUUGCGUUAUUGACAAUGGAGUUCUUCAUCAAGAUCAUGAUGUCAAAGCAAAAGGGGAGAUUUCUGUGACUGGUACAAAUCCUCUGCCAUCCAAACAUGAUGUUAUCUGUUGCCUUGCAGUGGCCGGACGAUGGAUCACUUCUCUUCAAGAUCUGCAGCUUGACCCCCCUGAUUCUCAGAUACUUUACCUUAAGGGAGCAUCAGUCAGUUUUCUCUUUGAACAUUCCUGGACUUUGUCACGAGGUCAGCAGGGACGAUACUUACAUAUCCUCUGUGACAUCAUGGAUAAAUUGUCCAACUCAGUCAUAAGGCCGGUCAUUCACCAUACUGUAUCUCUGGAAGAUGCUUGUGACACGCUGCAGCAACUGUCUCAGCAUACAGUUGGAAAGAUUGUUGUCAGGAUGUGAAUAGAACAUUUUACCCCUUGGAAAUAAACAUAGCACUUUUCUUUUCUUA